AUGUACUCCAAGAUCAUUGUUGUGAUCGCUGUCAUCGCUGCAGUCAGCGCACAGAGCCAUUACGGUCAUCAGCAACAAAGUCACCAAACACAUUACCAGCCCCAACACCAUCACCACGAGGAAGAGCAUCACGGCCCGGUGCACUACGAAUAUCACUACGAUGUGCACGACGAUCACACCGGAGAUGUUCACGGACAACACGAGGCCCGUAAGGACGACCAUACGCAGGGAGAAUACUACCUGAUCGAUGCCGAUGGCCACAAGCGGACUGUGAAGUACCACGUUGAUGGCAAGAGCGGUUUCAUCGCGGAGGUCCAUCGCGAACCGAUUAAGGGAUACCAGGCUCCUCAACAACACCAUCAUCAGCAGCCCCAGUAUCAUCAUCAGCCUCAGCAUCAUCACGAAGCACCAGCUCACCACAACUAUCAUCACUAA